AUGCAGGUGUUUUGGCCGGAGCCAGGUGGAAUUGAUGGCCAGGCAUUGACCAACCUUGGGAUUCUGACGCUCGCCGAAGAGAUUCGAGAUAUGUACAUACGUGCUGCGACACAAUCACUCAAGAUUGAGACUGCCGCUCGAGCUGAUGUCGAAGCCGGCGUAUUAAAGCUCUCGUGGAUUCCCCAUAUCGGACACCCUUCCAUUCUAGCUGACCACAAUACACGAGAGCCGUCGCAGGACAUCAUCGCUGGAGCACUGAUUGCUGCGGCUGCUGGGUCGUGGACCGUCUCCGAUGAAUGGAACAAACUGCUACAAGAUGUGAAGCUGACCACGGGGGAGGAGUGUCUCAGGAACCACGUGUGGGAGGGUAUAACAUAA